UGACAUUGACAUUUUUGACACAUCUAUCCAUUCUGACUUGAAAGUACUCCUUGUUGUUUUAGAUUCUUCUGUAAAUUUUAUUAUAUUAUAUUUAAUUGAUAAUUCAACUAAGCAAUCCUUCGGUUAUUAUGAGUUAGAUUACAUUACACAAACGACAAAAUGAAUCCUAUGACCAAUGUGAAGAAUGUUCUUAAGUUAAGUGAACGCGAGCUGUCUGGUAAAUCUAAGUCCUCUUGGCAUGAUCAGUAUAAGGACAGUGCUUGGGUGUUUGUUGGGGGCUUGCCGUAUGAUCUCACGGAAGGCGACAUCAUCUGUGUUUUCUCACAAUAUGGUGAAAUAGUGAACAUAAACUUGGUCAGAGACAAAGCAACUGGCAAAUCUAGAGGAUUUUCAUUCAUUUGCUAUGAAGAUCAGAGGUCAACAAUAUUAGCUGUGGAUAAUUUAAAUGGAAUAAAAAUCCUAAACCGCACAAUAAGAGUGGACCACUGUGAACAAUACAGAGCUCCCAAUGCAGACAUGUCAAAGGUUGAUGAAGUGACAGCAGCCAUCAGAAUGGAAGGCUGUGCACCACAGCUUGUGACAAAAACAGAAACAGUAGUGAAACCAGAAAAAGAAUCCAAGAACUCUGUUAAGUCUGGCAAGGUCAAAAAGAAAAAGGAAAAGAAAAGUAAAAAAAAGAAAAAGAAGAAAAGUAAGAGCUCUUCUUCAGAUUCAGAUUCUAGCAAUUAAGUUCUUGAUGUAAGUGUAAGACAGAGCAUAAUAAAAUACUAAUUAUGUGAAUAAAAA